CUUAAAAUGAUUACGUAGCAGACAAUUACAGAACCCUAGAUAUGGCAGUAAAGCUGAGAAAACAAGCUCCUCUCUCAAACGGAUCUGGGUAUCUGGCUACCACGUUUUUAAUGCGUAGAGGCUUCUAUCUUGUCGCAGUAUCAUCAUUGCCCGAGCAUUCAUCCAAACUACAACUACAGUGUGCCUGAAAAUACUGCACUCCAUACUCCACUUCACUUCUCUUCUGAACACCUUGGUGUAGGUGUUUGCUCGUCGUAUUCUGGCCUAACCCCUUGGUGCGUGUCUGUCGAAUUCCGGGGAUUCGUUAAGGUAUGUAUAGGUAAUUUUUGGCAGGCGCCGCUUAAGCCUUUUACCUUCUCAGUCAACCGGUGCCCGACGCCCCUGUCUUUUUGCUCGCUGGUGCUGCUGAUACGAAGUACGAAACAGCGAACUAAAAGUGAAACGACGGGCAGUUAUUCAACAAACGACAUUCCAUUUUCUCAAUUUUAAAAUAAUUGAACAAACAUUACGUCCUUACAACCUUACUCCUUAGGUUAUUUUAACCGUUCAAUUCACUCAGCAGCUCAACCGAAAAAUCGAAGAGGUCAGGAGGAGGAAUUGAGGAAGAAUGAUGAUUUAAAAUUCAGCCGCCACCCGCGGGUGCCGUGCUGGACCGCUGACCAUCUCUGGAAGCCGGAAAAUAGAAGACAUGGGUACUCUCUGCUACACAUUUUGGUGAAGAGUUGAAGACUAAAGUCGUUUGUGAGAAGGCUCAAUAUGAGCUCAACAAACAUCGUUGACUCAUGUAGAGGUGAAGAUCUCGAAAGGUAUACAAAAACUGUUAAACUGGAGCCAGGUUUUGCUGGAAGGUCAAUGUCACAGAAGGAUGAUUUAAGAAAUGACAUAAUGCUAUCCAAAGUGAGCUCUAGAGAGAACCAAACCUCUGGGGCUAUUUACACCAGACAGGGUAGUGGAAGCGGUUUAUGUCAAGAACAGUCUGCUAUAGAUGAUUCAAGCCUCUGUUCCAUAUCUCCGAUAUGCUCAGCACCUCUUGUUCGGCAGUUUUGGAAAGCUGGAAACUAUGACGGGGGACUUAAUUCGAAGCCUACCCAUAAAAAUGGUACCAGUUACUUGCACAUCCAUCCAAAGUUCCUACAUUCAAAUGCUACAUCACACAAAUGGGCAUUUGGCGCCAUUGCAGAGCUGCUUGACAAUGCUAUUGAUGAGAUACAAAAUGGGGGCACCUUUGUUGUAGUAGAUAAAAUAGUAAAUCCAAGGGAUGGAAGAUCUGCUUUGUUAAUUCAAGAUGAUGGGGGUGGAAUGGACCCUGAAGCAAUGCGUCAUUGUAUGAGUUUCGGAUUUUCAGAUAAGAAGUCAAAGUCAGCAAUUGGACAGUAUGGAAAUGGUUUUAAGACGAGUUCGAUGAGACUUGGAGCAGAUGUUAUUGUCUUCAGCCGCUCAAGGAAAAGAAAAGUGACACGAAGCAUUGGGCUUUUAUCUUACACAUUUUUGGCACAAUCUGGCCUUGAUAGAAUAGUGGUUCCAAUGAUUGACUAUGAGUUCAAUUCCACAGAUGGCACAUGGAAUUCAAUACACACUGAACAACAUUUUGCAACAAAUCUUUCUCUGCUAUUGAAGUGGUCACCAUUUUCAACAGAGGAGGAUCUUCUGUGUCAGUUUGUUGACAUUGGUGAUCAUGGCACAAAGAUCAUUAUUUACAAUUUAUGGUUGAAUGAUGAAGGGAAAACAGAGCUCGACUUCAACUCUGAUCCUGAGGACAUUCGUAUUUGUAAUUAUACAAGUAAUAUGGAGAAGGGUCCUCGUGCAUCUGUAAAUGAUGAGCAUCUUGCCAACCGUCUCCGUUUUUCAAUGCGUGCAUACCUAUCCAUUUUGUACUUGCGAGUUCCUGAAAACUUUUGUAUUGUGUUGCGUGGGAGCUUAGUUGAGUAUCAUAAUAUUGCUAGUGAACUCAAAUAUCGGCAAUGUAUCUUGUAUAAACCAUCAAGUGGUGGAGUUUGUGAGGGUGAAAUCAUUACGACUAUUGGGUUCCUAAAAGAGGCCCCAUUGGUGAAUCACCACGGUUUCAAUGUCUAUCACAAAAACCGUUUAAUACUGUUCCUUUUUCUUUUAAAUUUCAGCUUAGUUUUUCAGACUGGGUUCUUUCUCAAAGAAACCUGAUUUCAGCUCAGACUCUCCAGAACCUCUAGGCACCAUUCUGUCUCCCAGAAACUCACUCCAGGACAGAUUUUUUUUUAGCCCCCCUCUAUUCAGAACCUUUGUGCAGACCAUAUCCCCCAUCUGUGCCAGGUGCUCGCAGUCUGCAGUUCCAAAUCAGCACCCAAGUCAGACGUGCCUCUGGAUUUUUAUUCCAGCCCAAAACGGGCUGCUGUAAGUUUUCAUUAAAUUAAAUAUCUCAAUUUUGAAUUUUAUUACAGUUUAAAAAAAAAAAAAAGAAAAAAAAACAAAAAAAAAAAAUGCCUGGUUCUGACACCUCCACUGUAACACAAAGUCAGCCUUUGAUAGUUUCUGAAGUUAUUCCCAUUAAUUUUAAAAUUACUGAGAAUAAACUUUGUGGCUCUAAUUAUCUUGAAUGGAGUAAAACUAUCAAACGCUAUUUAAGGAGCAUUGAUAAAUAUACUCACUUAGUUGAUGACCCGCCAAAGGAGGAGGUUGAUAGAGUUGCUAAUACUGCCUGGCUUCGUGACGAUUCUAGAUUAUUUAUCCAAAUUCAAAACUCAAUGGAGAAUGAGGUAAUGGGGUAUGUUAGUCAUUGCGAUACUGUGACAGAAUUGUUUGAUUAUUUGGAAUUUAUGUACUCUGGAAAAGGUAAUCUUAACCACAUCUAUGAGGUGUGCAAAGCCUUUUACAGAGCGGAAAUGAAAGAUAAGCCUCUCACGGCUUAUUUUAUGGAUUUCAAGAAAACCUAUGAAGAGCUGAAUACAUUAAUGCCAUUUAGUCCUGAUAUCAAAGUGCAGCAAAAACAAAGAGAACAAAUGGCAGUGAUGAGUUUUUUGGCUGGUCUAACAUCUGAAUUUGAAACAGCCAAAUCACAUAUCUUAUCUAGUGAUGAGGUCUCUUCUCUUCAAGAAUCUUUCACUAGAGUGCUUCGCACCGAUACUUCAUCCACGCCAGUAGCACCUCAGACAAACAGUGCAUUUGUAGGGCAAGUUCCAACGUUUACCCAAGGAGGUGAGAAAUGGCCACGUACUGGUCCAUCUGGCAAAGGCAUAGUAUGCAACUACUGUAAGAAGCCUGGACACUUGAUCAAAGAUUGUAGAAAAUUAAAAUUCAAAAAUCAAGGAAAUCAAGUUGCUCACAUUGCUUCCGCUACAAAGUCUUCUGAUGGAUCAAUCAGUAUGUCUUCUGAGGAAUACGCCAAAUUUCUUUGCUACCAAGAGACUCUAAAGCAUUCAUCUACUCCUAUCUCAGCUGUCGCUAAUUCAGGUAAUCCAAACACAUGUCUUGUUUCUUCAUCCUCAAAAUGGGUCAUCGACUCAGGAGCAACCGAUCAUAUGACAGGUAAUCCUAAUCUUUUUUCUUCAUUCCACACACCUCUUCAUACUUCUACUGUCACUUUAGCUGAUGGGUCUACCUCCCCAGUCUUAGGAUCGGGAACAAUUGUCCCAACAUCCACCUUACCUUUGUCACCUGUCCUAAGUCUUCCAAACUUUGCUUUUAAUUUGAUUUCGAUCAGUAAAAUCACGCGUAAACUAAACUGUUCUGUAACCUUUUUUCCUGGAUAUUGUGUAUUUCAGGAUCUGUUGACGAAUCAGAUUAUUGGUAAAGGAUAUGAGUCGGCUGGUCUCUAUCUUUUGGACACAUCCUUACCUAAAACCAUCUCCUGUCUUGGGGUUGGAUCUGUGUUAGAGGCUCACUAUCGACUAGGACAUCCAUCUCUCCCUUUGUUGAAGAAAAUUCAUCCUCAAUUUAAUAAGGUGUCGUCUUUACAGUGUGAUUCGUGUCAAUUUGCAAAACAUCAUCGUACUAGUUUAGGCCCUCGAGUCAAUAAACGAGCACAUGCUCCUUUUGAACUUGUUCAUUCUGAUGUUUGGGGAGCUUGCCCCGUUGUGUCUAAAAUUGGCUUUAAAUAUUUUGUUACCUUUGUUGAUGAUUACUCUCGUAUGACUUGGAUUUACUUUAUGAAACGGCGUUCUGAGUUGUUUUCUCAUUUUUGUGCCUUUUGUGCUGAAAUAAAAACUCAAUUUAAUGUUCCUGUUCGUGUUUUAAGAGGAGACAAUGCUCAAGAGUAUUUGUCUGCCUCGUUUAAGUUGUAUAUGGCUCAACAUGGCAUAAUUCAUCAAACUUCAUGUGUAGACACGCCUCCUCAAAAUGGUGUGGCUGAACGAAAGAACAGACAUCUUUUAGAAACUGCGCGUGCGCUUCUUUUCCAAAUGAAUGUGCCUAAACAUUUUUGGGCGGAUGCUGUGUCUACCGCAUGUUUUUUGAUCAAUCGAAUGCCAUCUACUGUUUUGGACGGUAAAACUCCGUAUCAGUGCCUAUUUCCAAAUAAUGAACUUUUUCCUAUACCGCCUAAAAUAUUUGGUUGCACUUGUUUUGUUCGCAAUGUUAAUCCUCAUUUAACAAAGUUAGAUCCCAAGUCAUUAAAGUGCAUUUUCUUAGGUUAUUCUCGAGUUCAAAAGGGGUACAGAUGUUUUUGUCCAAGUACAGGUCGAUAUAUUGUUCCGAUUGAUGUCUCAUUUUAUGAGAAUACACCUUAUUCAUCUCCAGAGGCAGAUAUUUGUAGGGAGAAUGAUGAUAUACUCAUUUACACAGUCACCAUACCUGAGUCCACUGCUUCGAAAAUUACUCCACAUCCUACUGUUUCCGACCCCAGGCCUCCAAUACAAUUGGUAUACACACGUCGACACAAAGCACCAGAUCUUCCCCCGCCUGUGAUUCCUUAUCCUGAUAUUGAUCCGAUCUCGACCUCAUGUCCUGAACCAAUAACUGCAUCUCCAGAUCCUGUCUGUACAUUAGAUCUUGACCUCCCGAUAGCACUGCGCAAAGGUACACGAUCUUGUACUCAUCCUAUUUCUUCUUUUGUGUCGUACAGUCAGUUAUCAUCUACCUCAUGCUCUUUUAUUGCCUCCAUUGAUUCUAUUUCUAUUCCCAAAUCUGUUAAAGAAGCUUUGGCUCAUCCGGAAUGGCGUCUUGCCAUGAUAGAAGAAAUGAAUGCUUUGGAUCUUAAUGGUACAUGGGAUUUGGUAUACUUGCCUACAGGGAAGAAAUCUAUUGGAUGUAAGUGGGUCUUUGCUGUGAAGGUCAAUCCAGAUGGAUCUAUUGCUCGGUUGAAAGCUCGAUUAGUUGCGAAGGGUUAUGCUCAAACCUACGGUGUAGAUUAUUCUGACACUUUUUCUCCUGUUGCUAAAUUAACAUCUGUCAGGUUACUUAUUUCACUCGCAGCAACUCAUGGUUGGCACUUGCAUCAGUUAGACAUUAAAAAUGCAUUCUUGCAUGGUGACCUUCAGGAGGAAGUUUAUAUCGAGCAACCUCCAGGGUUUGUUGCUCAGGGGGAGUAUGGGAAAGUUUGUCGACUUCGCAAGUCUCUUUAUGGUUUGAAACAAAGUCCGCGUGCAUGGUUUGGGAAAUUCAGUCAAACAAUUGAACAGUUUGGAAUGAAAAAAGGACAAUCAGAUCACUCUGUCUUUUACAGACAAACGCAAGCAGGUAUCACAUUGCUUGUGGUGUAUGUUGAUGAUAUUGUGAUUACAGGGAGUGAUAAUGCAGGUAUCUUGGCCCUAAAGAAUUUUCUGCACAGCCAAUUCCAGACGAAAGAUCUUGGCUCAUUGAAAUAUUUUUUGGGAAUUGAGGUAACACGAAGUAAGAAAGGCAUAUUUCUAUCUCAACGAAAAUAUGUACUUGACUUACUAGCUGAGACCGGGAAAUUAGGGGCAAAACCAAGUACAACACCCAUGGUUCCCAACGUUCAACUCACUCAAGAAGGCACACCGUUUGAAGACCCGGAAAGAUAUAGAAGACUGGUUGGAAAGCUUAAUUAUCUCGCAGUCACUCGCCCAGAUAUUGCGUAUUCUGUGAGUGUAAUGAGUCAAUACAUGUCAUCCCCAACCAUUGAUCAUUGGGCUGCUGUAGAACACAUAUUAUGUUACUUAAAGGGUGCACCAGGACGAGGUAUUGUUUAUCAAAACCAUGAUCACAUGAGAAUAGAGUGUUUUGCAGAUGCUGAUUGGGCCGGUUCUAAAGAUGAUCGAAGAUCUACAUCUGGUUAUUGCGUCUUUGUUGGUGGUAAUCUUGUAUCUUGGAAGAGUAAGAAACAGAAUGUGGUUUCUCGUUCGAGUGCUGAAUCAGAAUAUCGAGCUAUGGCACAAUCUGCAUGUGAGAUCAUAUGGAUAAGCCAUUUAUUGACUGAACUCGGAUUGAAGACAUCAAUGCCUGCUAAAUUGUGGUGUGAUAACCAAGCUGCUAUACACAUAGCAAACAAUCCCGUAUUUCACGAGAGAACAAAGCAUAUUGAAGUUGAUUGUCAUUUUAUUCGAGAGAAGAUACAAAAAGGAUUGAUCUCUACCGAAUAUGUGAAGACUGGAGAACAACUUGGAGAUUUAUUCACCAAAGCUCUAAAUGGGAUUCGUGUUGAUUACUUAUGUAACAAGUUGGGCAUGAUAAAUAUCUAUGCUCCAACUUGAGGGGGAGUGUGAAAGAAUUAUUGUAUAUAAGAAUAUGCUUUAGGAAUAUACUCUAGACAUUAUUAUAGUAUAGCAUCUUAUGUAGGAAUAUUCCUUCUUUGUAACCUAUAUAUAGGGUCUUAACCCUCUUAUAUUAAACACACAAAAUUCUUCCAUUCUCAUUACUACUAUAUGCUUAAUUCUGAUAACAGAAAAAAUCAGAAAUCUAGUAGUAUUUUAAGUGUUAGUCUUUUAGGAUGAGCUUUAGUUGCCAUGCAAUUAGUUUUAAUAUUUAAUAAUUGUACAGUAACAAUAUAAAAACACGGGGUCACGGGGAGGAGGGUUUCCGUUUUGCUUUUAAACUAUUGUGUUAGGUACAUGGUAAAACCGGUAGUAUAUUGACGGUAAUCUGAGUUUUACAGGUGCGGAAGUAAAAGAAAGAGAAAAAACAGAUCGAGACACUUCGAGCAGUCCCCUCUCCCAAUGAGACACUUCGAGCAGUCCCCUCUCCCAAGUCUAUCCAAUUUCUGCCUACCCUCACCCUAUUCUAUUCUUCUAUUUAUUCUUUUCCAAAUGAGGCUUCACUCAAUCUAUCUAAUUACUUGGCCCAGCCCACUAUUACAUUUUAUUAAAAUAUUAAGCCCAAAAGUCCAUGUCUCUAUCAUCACUCCCCCCUUUGACAACCACCUUGUCCUCAAGGUGGGGAGUAACUGAGUAAGAAACAGCCAGGCUUUAUCCUUGCUCCUCUGCCUUCCCAGUACUUGAGCUCAGCUAGUUUUCUUCGUUUUGGUAUCCACUCAAUCUCUUUGUCAACAGUGUGAUCCUUUUGGCCAAGGUUAUUAUCUCUUUCCCUGCCCCAUGUCUGAUCUCUUACAGAAUCUCCAAUUGAGAAUGCAAAGCCUGCUUCAGGAAUGUAAGUCUCAGUCUUCACAUCUUUCACCUUUGGAAUUUCACUCCAUCCCAGUAAAUCUUGCAUCUCCCUUUGAGCCUCAUCACUGUGGACGAUUAUCCCUUCAGGCUGCUUGUGUGGUUGUGUCAGCAUUUGUCCACUAUAAAGUAAAAUUUGGGAAACCAAAAGCUGGAUGUAAUCAGGAGCAGUUUUGAUUGCCUCUAAAGCUGUUAAAGUAGAAAGGCUGGCAGGAGGGUCUGCCCUGACUGCAGCCUGUAGUAUCCCAAGCACUUGAUGCAUAGUUUCAUGAGAUGUAUGCUCAGAUAAGUUGGUGAUUGAUGCAAUUAAGUCCUUGAUAUGUGGCCCAGUGACUCCCGAGUUUGCAACAGUUAAAAGCUGUGAAAGUGCUCGACAAAAAUCUGGCAUAACUUCUUCAUCCUGCAUAUGGAUCAAUUGCUGAACAACUGGCAAUGUAGCUUUGACCGGGUCAAUUGGUGAGGGUGGCUGGCCAACCUGGCUGUAACAGAAGCUUAGCAAAGUCCCUGUAGCCUUUCUCAACAUAGAAUUCUUUGCAGGCACAUUUAACUGACCUAGCAAUGAUACGAGUGAACCAUGACAAAUAACCAGGUCCCUACAUGUUGGAGCAUCACUCGCAGAACCAAAUAAUGAUGUAGAGGAUGCAAGAGCUGCAUGCC